AUGGCAGAAUACGUUCAGGCGAUGGAAGAGAUAUGUAGUCGAGUUAGAAAUUUUCCGAUAAGUGCAAUGAUAAGUAGUGCAGGUUUUCAUUUACCAUCAGUUGUUAUUUUUGAAUGUAAUGAAGUGCACGGUAUGGAUUCAAGUCGUUUUGUUAAAUGGCUUUGGGAAACUUCGUGUACAUUAAGAGGUGAAAAUGAUGAGACAAAAUUACCAAAGCGAGCAUGGAAAAAGGCAGAGGUUGUACAAUGGUUAGAUGACCAUAAGGUGCCUUAUUUGAACUUGUGUACCAAAGCAGAAUUACUCGAGCUAGCAGUUGCUUAUGCACCAGAAAAGAAAUUCAAAGUUGAUGAGGAAGAAUUCAGAGUUGAGAUUCUACGAUUACCGAUAAAGCAUUGUGUUCUCAACCCCAUAGAAUUAGCCUGGGCCGAGCUCAAAGAUUUUAUUCGAAAUAAGAAUAAUAAUUUUACUCUUACGGAUGUUACGACAUUAUCUCAAGCAUACAUGGCCGCAUGUUCCACAGAAUUAAUUGCGCGUUUUAUACAGCAUGCACAAAAUUAUGAGGAAACAUUCAAAGCGGCAGAUAAGAUCGGUGAAGAAAUGGACAAAUACAUAAUACAAGAGGAUUUAGAAUAUGACACAAUUGGAUAA